GAUCACAGCAACGAGGUUCUUGUGGAGCGUGGCGCGAGGAGUCACCAAGAGCUUCUCUCAACCCACUCGACCUCCAAUAUCAUCGUAGUCACCCCCUCUCUCUCUCUCUCUCUCUACUUACCCGUUUCUCCAAAUUUUAACAAGUUCAGAUUUGAGACUCCCUACUACUGGUUUCACACUCCAAUUCGAAACUCCCACAUUUUUUCAGGCUCCAAUUCAAAGACCAACCCAUAAUGAAAAUGAAAACAAAAUGCUCCUCUUGUCCAAAUAUCAAUCGCGAAACCACCUCCUACACCAAUUUCCUCACCGUAGUCCACGACGACGAUCCCAUCCUCAACAAGCGCCCGAAAACUGACCACGACAGCAGCCACGACGACAACGACACCAUCCUCAACAAGCGCCGGAAAAUUGACCGCGACAGCAGCGAUGCGGAGGCCUCCGAAACGAACGAGAAUUACAAAACAAUUGACGCCCAGGGGGAUCAGAAGGACCAAACCCUACCCAAAUGGCCUCCGAGCACAAGUGGGUCCGACGCUAAUAACGAUUCCGUCGGGUCAAGCCAAUUUAGCGGCGGCGGCGGAGGAGAACGGCAGUUCGAACUUGUUUUAAUCGCCGGUGGCCGAGAAGUGAAAGCCAACCGGUGCAUUCUGUCGGAGCGGAGUCCCUUUUUCAAGAACCUUUUGUGCGGCGAAGAGAGAAGGGUGAGGUUGGACCUGAAGGAUUUUGCCAAGGAUUUCGAUGUGAGCUUCGACGCUUUGGUUCCUGUUUUGGCCUAUUUGUACAGUGGGAAAGUGAGUUCGUUGCGGCCGGAAGGUGCUCACGUUUGCGCCGACGACGAGUGCGAGCAUGUCGCGUGCCGGCCGGUGGUGGAUUUCUUGGUGGGGGUGGUUUACGCUUCUUUCGUUUUCCAGAUACCGGAAUUGGUUGCUCGUUAUCAGAGGCACCUAUUAGAUAUUCUUGACAAGAUCGCAGCAGAUGACAUUUUAGUGGUUCUUUCUCUAGCAAAUAUUUGUGGUAAGGAAUGUGAUGGACUGCUUACCAGAUGCAUUGAGAAUAUAGUCAGGUCUGAUGUUGAUAUCAUAACUCUUGAUAGAACCUUGCCCGGCCAUAUUGUCAACCGAAUUGUUGAUUCCCGCAAGGAACUUGGCUUCUAUGGUCCUGAAAGCAGCGGUUUCCCUGAUAAGCAUGUGAAAAGACUACGUAGGGCUCUGGAUUCUCAUGACGUAGAAUUAGUCAGAAUGCUUGUAAAAGAGGAGCAUACUAGUAUAGAUGAUGCAUGUGCCCUCCACUAUGCUGUUGCAUAUUGUGAUGCAAAGAUCAUAAUGGGAAUUCUUGAUCUUGCAAUUGCUGAUGUUAACCACAAAAGCCCAAGGGGUUACACAGUGCUUCACAUUGCUGCUAUGCGAAAAGAACCUAAGAUUAUAGUGUCUCUUCUAACAAAGGGAGCCCAACCAGCUGCUCUCACAUCAGAUGGUAGAAAAGCACUUACGAUUUCAAAGAGGCUCACAAGGGCUGCGGAUUACAACAAGUCUAUUGAGCAAGGAAAAGCAUCUCCCAAGGAUCGGCUGUGCAUAGAGAUAUUGGAGCAAGCAGAACGAAGAGAUCCAUUAGUAGGAGAAGCUUCUGCUUCUCAUGCUAAGGCAGAAGAUGAUCUACGAAUGAAAGAGUCGUACCUUGAAGGUAGAGUUGCUUUAGCAAAACUUCUCUUUCCCACGGAAGCAAAUGUGGCAAUGGAUGUUGCUCAAGUGGAUGGCACUUCUGAACAUCUCAGUAGGAUAAGGGCACUCGCCAAAACUGUGGAACUAGGGAAACGCUUCUUCCCUCGGUGUUCAGAAGUGAUCAACGACAUGGUGGAUCACGAUGAUUUGUCAGAACUAUUAUACGUACAGAACGGAACUCGAGAAGAGCGCCAAUUGAAGAAGCGACGAUACAUGGAAAUCCAAGAAGCUUUUGCUAAGGCGUUCCAUGAGGAUAAAGAGGAGUUGGACAAGUCUAUCAACAUACCAUCUUCAUCGAGACCCCUAAGAGGGGUUGGGAGGCCCAACGGUAAAGAGGAGUUGGACAAGUCUAUCAACAUAUCAUCUUCAUCAAGACCUGUAAGGGGGGUUGGGAGGCUUAACAGUAAACUCCCUCUCAAGAAAUAAUAGGGAUCCGGGGACUCUGUAGGAUUCUUUUUGCAAUCUAGACCAUUGUAUCUAUGGACGGCUUAGAAUCACAUUAUAGGGUCCCCGGGUCCCUCCAAAUAGUAAAAGAUAUCUCGGGUUGAUUGACAUGCAGAAAUGCUGCUUCUUCACUGUACCAUUCUCAUCAAUUUCUACCCUCUGUUGUAUUUUGGAAAUGAUUGUGUAACAUUACUUUCAUUUUACUUUUGGGUGAUCUUGUAGAUAAGGUUAGAAAGUAAAAUGUGAAUUUUCAUGAAUUUGUAAGAGCAAUAAUAUUAAAAAUAGUUGAAACAAUUGCAUUUGUCGAA